GUUCGGGCCUCCCCCCGCUGUCCCGGGAGUCUCGCAGUGGCCGCAAGGGUCGGCAUUGCUCACCCGCGCGCGGGUGACAUCCGUUAUCCGCGCCUACCCUCCUGGCUAGCAUGUGGAUUGCUUGUCGUCCCAUGGAAGGGUCCAGGCAGGCUGCUGGACCCCCGGUUAGGUGCGGUUGUUUGAGGAAAGGUUGGGUAUUGGUCCCUUACCCCCGGUUGGCUCCCUCAUGUCUGGCCAAGUUAACGGAUGUGUGAUGAUUCCUGCACCUUGGACGUCGGCUUCUGGAAGUUGGCUGUGGCCACGUCCUUUUGAAUGAACGCGUCCGUCCUUGGACCGUACAAUCCUUGAUAGGGCCGGCCUGCUGCCUCGUCCCUUGUCCUUUCCCGCAUCUUAUGGUCCAUUCACACCAUGAUGUAGCCGGAUAUGUAAGCCGAGUUGUUCCGGGUUUCUCCUAUAAAUCUUUGCCUCCGCUCACUUUGUUGUGAGCCGGCAGAGAGAAUGGAUUCCCGGGGACAGAGAAAGACAAGGGUGCUCGAUUGCCCGAUGCCUGGCUGCCAGCGACAGGCCAUCGUUCGGCUGGACCGGCACCUGUAUCGCCUGCAUCAGGUUAAGUCCGGCGACCCGGCCUAUGCUCGCCUGAUGGCGGAGGCUAAGAGCAAGGCAGAGGGCGAUGUUUCAUUCCAGCUGCCCAAGAGGCCGGUCUUUGUUGCGGAGGAGCCUGGGGAAUGCGAGCUACCACACUCGACAUUGCAGCACUCGGAGGAAUCGCCCAGUCCUGGGCUAGAUUCGCUACAUUGGAUGCCGCUGACGAGCCCCGAGGUGCCGUCGGAUGGGCCGAUCGACAACCCCUGUAUGUCGGUCUCUGAAACGGAUAUGCCCGGUGAAGCUGAACCAGAAACCAUUGUGUCUUCGACCCAAGAUUACUUACCAGAUGCUGGGUCAGAGGAUGGAGCCCGUGAGGAGUUGCCAUCUUCCAGUGACGGCCCGUCCGGAGCUAUGGAAGGUCCCAGGUUGCGCACGCUGUCAUCGUCUCAGUCGUCCUUGUCGUCGUCAAACGAUGAAGACUACGAGCCCAUGGCCAGUCAUUCGGGGGAUCCGUCCCGCGACGAUGUGAGAUGCCUCCGGUUGUACCGCGAGUACCUUCUGGGUCCCAAGCCCCAUGCCAAGAAGCUGGAGAAUACGAACCAAGCUCUCCAGCACAUCCGCCGGUUCCUGUGGUGCAUGGCUGAUGCCCCCGAGGGCGAGGUAGUGAGCGAGGACCUGGGUUUCCUGAGCAACACGGAGCGGUGUCAUGAGUGGUAUCGUACGCUGUCUUGUUCUUCUAUGUCGCCGAGUACGAUUCACAGCUACGUGAACGAUGUUGUUGGCUUCAUCCGUUACCUCUUGGAGGCCCGGUUAAGCGAUUUGAAAGUGAAGAAACGUACCCUGUCUUCGAUUGCCUUCUUCCUAAAGUCUUUCCGACGACAGGGUCACCGAGAGCUGAUGCUGCACCGCCAGAAGGUGCAAGAUGCAAGGCAGGAACAGUUGAUCCCCAAGGAACAUCUGAAGCGCUUCAAUGAGAGGUGUGGGGAGCUAAUCCCCCAGAUGCUGGAGCUCUGUGAGAAGGGCGAGUUGUGCAAUGUAGGUACCCUGAUCGGGCUACUCUGCGGGCGUAUGAUGCUGCACAACGGACACAGGCGGGGUGUCCUGAUGAACAUGAAGGCCGGUGAAGUAGAGGGAGCCAAACAGUUUGAAGAUAAUUUCCACAUACGCGUGUCCGAUCACAAGACCGCGGGGACAUAUGGCGUGGCGGUUAUGGUGGUGUCUAAGCAGGAGCACGACUGGCUGCUUAGGUACAGUGCUCUGAGGGUCUCCUUGCCUGGUUACCUCUAUCAGCCAAAGACCUUCUUCUUCACGCGCCUGGGAAACCCCCUGAAAAAGAUCGGUAACGUGCUCUCCAAGGCAUGGGCGGCCUGCGAUAUCGGAGUCAAGGUGACGGCUGGUAUGAUCCGCAGCGCAGUGGCCACAUAUACAUGGGAGUCUCAAGGGGAGGUCAGCAAGUCCACCGUGUCCCGGCACAUGAGCCACAGCCUCCAGACACAAGCCUCCUUCUAUGUCCAUGACCAAGCCCCUGCCAAUCACCAGCGGGCGAGGCUUCUUAUUGAGGAGAGCCUGGGGCUCAGUCCUGCAUUGUAGACCCUCUUUGUGAACCUAAUUGGGGUUAGUGACGGUUCCGAUUUUCAAUAAAAGUACUCCUUUAUUGCCAAUAUCUGUGUUCCGUGUCCCUUAUUCUACAUCUAAAGCAGUGUGGAUGGUGAAAUUGUGGCUGGGAUAUGGCUUUGGGGUCUUGGUAUUGACGGCCAUAGUAUGGAGUG